AUGUUCUCCAAAGCUUUCAUCGCCCUCCUUGCCAUGGCAUCGGUCUCCUUUGCAGCUCCAACUCCUGUUGCAGAAUCCACAGCUGAGAACCUUGUCGAGCGAGCUGUCGCUUACAAGAUGUUCACCGGUGAUGGAUCCAACUGGCCUGCUAUUUCCGCAUGGACUACCUUUGAGACCAUGUGGGCCAACUCCCAAGCCGUCAUGACUAUCUCCUGCAACCAAUUCGGCGGUGCUGCCAACAACUCUCCCGCUGAAAUAGCCAACAUCAAGUCCGCCAUUACUUCAGUUGCCGCUUCUUCCGGUGUCGACUCCCGAUUCAUCCUUGCAAUCGUCAUGCAAGAAUCCGGGGGCUGUGUUCGCGCUCCCUCUACAUCCGGACAGGUCUUCAACCCUGGACUCAUGCAAGACCACAACGGUGCACACAGCUGCAACAUGAACGGCAACCCAAUAAGCCCAUGUCCAGCUGCCACCAUCACCGGCAUGGUUAAAGAUGGAACAGUUGGUACCUAUGGGGUCGUAGGUGGUGGUGACGGAUUGCAACAAUGCUUGACCCAGAGUGGAUCUCCAAAGACUGCUCAAGGUGCCUAUGCCGCGGCUAGAAUCUACAACUCUGGAACCUAUGUCAAGGGAACCGAUCUCGGCGCACCACUCUGGGGUACCAGCUGUUAUGCUAGCGAUGUUGCAAACAGACUUUUGGGAUGGGCCGCUCCAGUCACUCCUUGCGUUCUCAAGAACCCGGUUCACUAA